AUAAUGGGAAUACCCAAUAUGCUAAAAAUACAAUUUGCGAAUAUAUAAAGGUGUAACUUGUUGAGUUAAACAUUCAUUUGGAGUUAUAGUAACAUUUGUAAAAAGUUAUAUACAGGUCCUGCUUCGAUUAGGUUAUAGGCUGAAAAUUGAAAACUUACAGAAAAUUUUGUCAAGAAUUUGAAGAAAUGUCGGAAAAUUGCAGUGAUAUUGUCGUAUCUCAACAACAUGCCGCACGACCACCACCGAUUGCGCUCGGAAUCAACGUCGAAAAACCAAAAUUUCCUCAGUAUGCCGUCUACGCAAAACGUAUGGAAUCUUUCGAUGCCUGGCCAGAAUAUUUACCCGUCAAGAAGGAUGACCUUGUCGAAGCAGGACUUGUAUAUACAGGAGUUGGUGACAGUGUACGAUGUUACUUCUGUGGUGGUGGACUGAGGAACUGGGAACAGGAUGAUGUACCAAUGGAAGAACAUGCUAAGUGGUAUCCUAAAUGUCCACACAUCCUGUUAGUCAAGGGUCAGGCAUACGUUGAGAAACUUGGUCGUGGGGAGAAACCAGAGGAAGAUAAUUCAUCAGUUCAGACUGAUUCGGCCAUGAAAGGACCUAACCAUCUUGAAAGUGUUGCUGCACAAAGUUGUAUUGAAAUGGAUUUUCCAAAAGAAAUGGUCCAGAGGGCAAUAGACAUAUUCAUUGACAGAUACGGUAACAGUGAUUUCAAGGCUAGAGACUUGUGUGAGAUAUUGAUGGACCUUGAGGAAGAGCAGACAGAACCUUCACCAUGUGUGUCAGAGAACGUUGUAGAGUGCAGAAGACACAUCCCAACUGACGACGAGGAGUUGGAGUCCGAGGAUAUGCAAACCCCAGAAGAUAUAGAAAAUUUGAAAGAAGAAAAUCAGAGAUUAAAGGAAAACCAGAUGUGCAAGAUUUGUUUGGACAAACGUGCAGAUGUCAUUUUCCUGCCCUGCGGGCAUAUGGUCAGCUGUCCACAGUGUGCACCAGCACUUUCAAAGUGCCCCAUCUGUAGAAAAAUUGUGAAUGGACAUAUUAAAGCUUUCUUUGCUGUUACAAGUGGCGUAUCAUCAUAGAGCACAGGGAUACAUUAGUGUACACAUUUACAUAAUCGGUAAUUAGCCUCUGCCUAACAAACUAAAUGUGUUACAGCAACAUUUCUUGAUUUAGUAUCAUUUACUAUGAUCACAUUCUCAUUACAUUCAAACAAAUUAGGUCUUUCAAAUCUAGAUCAAAGAAUUUCAGUACAUCAGAGAAAUGAGAAUGCUGUUUCCAGUACAUGAAUGUAUACUGAUGUAUCCCUGUGCCAUGUAUUGAGCUAAAGUUUCCUUUAGUUUGCAUAUUGCCUGAACAUGCAGAUUUGGAGUUUAGAGGAGAGAAAAAAUAAAUUACAGCCAACAGCAAGAGAGGACAUGCGACUGUCUUGCUUUUCAAGUGUGGAGUUACACAUACACGUUUGUGUAACUACAUGAUUACACAUUCAAAGCUGUAUUUUGUUUAUUUAUGAUCAUAAAAUAUGAUUAUGUGCCAAAGUGAGGGUCAAAUGUCAAUGGGAAUAUGAAGUAAUCUAGUCAUAACUUUUGCUCAAUAUUGUUUGUGUGAUGAUCUCCAUGUAUAAAUGUGUGUAAUUAAAGCUUCUGUGAUAAAGAGAAACUGCAUUUAUGCUAAAGCUGAACAUACUAUAUGGUCAAAAUGUCUUAAAAAUAAUUUUAGAAAAUACAUACAAACAGAAAAAUUACAAAAAAAAAAAAGAAAAAAAAGAAAACAGAAAAAAAAAUGAUAAAUGUAAAUAGCUGUACAUAUGUGUAAGAUAAUAUGUAGCUGUAGAAAAAUAGAUAGUUAUACAAGUGGUAGAAGUAAUACUUGAAAAGUAAAGAUAGCAUACUCCUAUAUGUUUGAUUUAGCUUGUUUAAAAACAUUCUUGCUGACCAAAUUUAAUCAGACAUUGCUAACAGAAGAUAAUAAAGUCAUCAAUAAUUUGUUCUAUUUAAUGCAAAUUUUAAAUUCAGUAUAACAGACUAUAUUUCAACACUAAUGAUUAAACAUAUAUUUUCAAUCGACCGUUUAACAUUCUUUUACCAAUAGUAUAGCACAGUUACUUUUAUAAUUUUAUUAAUUCAUUUAAUUUAGUUGUAAACAGCUGAGACAAGUUAGACCAGGUAUGUUUCGAAUGUAUUUUAUUUUUACUAUAUUGGUUUAAUUAUUUGAUACUAUCAUGCCAGAUUAAAAAAUCUAAAUUAAUAAAGUGUAUUCUUAUGAA